CGUAGGCAACGUUGUUUAAAAUGGCGCCAAGUCUUAGAUCAGAUUCUGUUCCAGAACUAAGUACUAUAGAAGAAAAGCUUGAUUUUACUCUUCCUGUUCUUCAUGAAGAUGAAUCCGUCUGUCGCCUUUCUAAAAGAAGGUUAAAAAUAUUAAAAGAUAAAGGUAUUCACAUAAAAAAGGGAAGAUGGACUCAAAAAGAAACUUCUGUUUUGGUAAAUAAUUAUCAAGAAUUUACGGAAAAAUUUGGAAUAGAUGACCCUGUUUUGAUUUUUGGAAUAGGCAAAAAUAGUGCCGAAAUACUACCAUUUUUGAAAGCUAAACAUUUUUAUGCAAGAUUAGGAAAAGGUUUAAAUGAUCGACCCCUAGCAUCUAUUUAUAGUAAAGCUAGAGUGCUUUUGAAUCCUUUGAGGAGAAACCGUGAUAAAUUUAGUAAAGCGGAAGUUUCUAAGUUAAUUAAACUACGUGAAAGAGGCUUAGGAUGGCCAGAAAUCGAAAAAAUAAUGAAAAAAAGUGCUGCAAGUUGUAGUGCCGCUUAUGCGUGGCAUAAAAAGAAAGUGAAUGGAGGUAAGUGGUCAAAAGAGGAAGAACAACAAUUAGUGAAAGCUGUAAAAAAAAUUGUUGGACCUAUUAAAUCAGUAAAGAAGAGAUCUAAUAUACCUUGGUUUAAAAUUGCUGAGUUAAUGCCAACAAGAAAUAGUACACAGUGUCGUCAUUAUUGGGAAUUACAUCUCUCAUGGACUUGUGAUGCGUCACAGAGAAAGAAAUGGACUACUCAUAAUCUUGCAAUGUUAAUUAAUAUACUUAAAAAUGAAUACUGUGUAGAAGAUGAAACUGAUGUUGACUGGAAAAAAAUACAAGAAUUUUUUACACAAUAUUCUCCAUCAUAUAAUUACUUGCGAAAAAGAUGGUAUCGUUUGAGAUCACGUGCGCCAAAAGGAAAAGAAUUUCGCGAAGUAAUUGAUUUUUAUUACAAAAAGUAUAAAGCAAUUAUAGAAUCUUUCAACAACAUAAAUCAAAGUAAUUGAAUGUUAAUUUCCAUCAUUUUCACUGCUAAAAUUUCUAUUUAUUGGUUCUUUCUAUUGGUCCUUUUGGCGAUUUUUUGAUUUGGCGACAAACUUCGGUCGCCAAUGUAUACCCGGCUUUGAAGAUCGGAAAGAAAUGGUGGAUUGUCAACAAAACCCGAUCAAUCCUAAAAAAUAAGCUCUUGAUCAGAAUAAACAGUCUUUCUCUAAUUUUCAA